GUAUGGGCAUUUUGAGUGGGUGGUCAUGCCUUUUGGCCUCACCAACGCCCUAGCGACCUUUCAAGGGGCAAUGACCAACGAGUUUCGUGCGAUGUUGGACCGGUUCGUGCUGGUCUACUUAGACAACAUUCUCGUCUAUAGCUGGUCAUUGGAGGAUCAUCUUGAGCACCUUCGACGAGUGUUGGAGACGCUCCGCCGCGCCAAGUACAAAGCCAACUGCGACAAGUGUGAAUUUGUCCGGCAAGAGCUGGAAUACUUGGGUCAUUUUGUCACACCGGAGGGCAUCAGUCCGUUGUCGGACAAGAUUCAAGCCAUCCAAGAGUGUUCGGAGUCGUGGAACGUCGCGGAUGUCCGUUCGUUCCUUGGCCUUGCCGGCUACUACCAGCGUUUCAUCAAGGGAUACUCGAACAUCGCGGCCCUUUUGACCAAGCUUCAAUGCGAGGAUCGACCGUUUGACUUCGGAGAGGAUGCGCGGGAAUCAUUUUUGGCUCUCAAAGCCGCGUUAUUAUUUGUGGAGGUCUUGCGAAUCUACGACCCAUUAUUGCCAACACACGUCAUUACGGAUGUGUUCGGCUAUGGCAUUGGGGCCGUCCUCGAACAACACGAUGGCGUGGAAUGGCACCCGGUCAAGUACUUCAACAAGAAAGUGCCCAUCGUGCACUCCAUUGAUGAUGCACUCAGGAAGGAGCUCCUAGCCUUCGUCCACUCGCUCAAGCGGUGGUGGCAAUUCCUCCUUGGUCGAAGUCAAUUCCGAUGGAUAAUGGAGAACAAUCCGUUGGUCUUCUACAAGACCCAAGACAUCGUCAAUAGCACCAUCCCCCGAUGGAUGGCUUUCAUCGACCAGUUCGACUUCUUUCCCGAUCACAUUCCCGGGAAGUCUAACUGUUUUGAGGAUGCUCUUUCACGGCGUCCGGAUCAUUGUACCGCAGUCUAUUCGAACUUCGAGAUCGGCGAUGACCUGAGGGACAGCUUCAUCCACGACUACCAAGCCAACCCCGAGUUUCACGAGGAAUUGCUCCUCUCCUAAUCCGGCGCCUUCUCACUAUCGGAUCCAAGUGGGGUACUUGCUUGUCCACACGCGGGGGAAGGACCUUCUUUGCGUACCGAGUGACUCUCACUUGCGUACACGACUUCUUGGCGAGUUCCACCACGCUCCCGCCGCCGGACACUUUGGAGUCAAUAGCACGAUUGGCCAACUUCGCGAGCGAUUUUGGUGGCCCGGCCUUCUCGACGACGUCGCACGCUAUUGCGAGUCAUACCAGGUU